CGCUUUGUCAUUUUAAAUUCAGACUCCAUGAAGGAAAGAUGGCGGGCACGACGUCCUUGGAAGACAUCCUUUCUUCUGAGGUUGAUGAAAGUGCCGUGAGAUCACUUGUCGGUUCUUUGGAGUCCCAACUAGCUUCAUCGAGUACCCUUCCAACAAAUACUGUAGUUACAGAUACUCCAGGACGUAGCAACCAUGCAAUUAUUACUCCGAACUCAUCAUCAAACAACGUGCAGCCUGUCCAGCCCGCCACAACAGCAAUUCAAAACUCGCUCUCAAGCGGGGCUAAAGAGGUCGAAUCUGGUGCUGUAUUUACUACUAACAAAACGAUCGUGUCUGUGGCUCCAAUUCAAGUUUCUAACACACAAGUGUCAACUUCUGGUGUGAUAGUCAGUUCAGACAAUAAGACACUGCCAAAAAGUGGCCCUCCAACAACCUGUGUAAGGAUUAUAACGCUUCCAACCACUGCUGGAGGAACAGUUUUGGCAACUGAAAACAGCAGCAGUGCUACUGUAAACCUUGCAAACUCUGCCAAAAAUAUUAUGAGAGCCAAUAAUAAUAGAACUACACAGGCAAUAACUCAACAGAUAAUUAAUUCACAAGCUGUAAGUGGAAAUGGAAAAAAUGUUCCAGUUAGCAGUAGUACGACGGUUGUUUCUUUGGAAAGCAAACCAACGUUGACACUAACAUCAGGAAAACCACCACCGGUAAAGUUGACUGUACGUGAGCAAUUGAAUAUCCAACAAGGCACCGAAGCCUCACAAUUUGUAUCAAAUAUGCAGCCGCAAGUUGUGCAAAGUAUUCGACCAAGGGCUGCUGUGAAUCCGAGUGUUGUAACCAUUGGAAUAUCAAACACAAGUUCAACGGCAACACGGGCGGUGACGCCCAAUUCACCACAAGUGGUGGUAACGAACCAGGUCCAAUCAGGCGGUCAGAUACUGACCCAGCCAGUGAGGAUUGCGACCGGCCAACAGGUGAUUGCACCGAGGCCGCAAAAUGUUCACAUCCGGUUAUCUGAUGGUACAACCUUACCACCUGGAGUUGUCCUUAUUAAAGAUGGUAUGGUUGUCGGCGGUGCAGCUUCUUUAGCACAACAUGUUACAAAUUCACAAGGAACUGUUUAUAGAACUGUCCAGAGUCCACAAGUUUUGACACAAUCAGCAAUACGAGCGGGCAAUACUGUGAGGCUAACAUCACCCUCUACGCAAGUUCAACUUCGGCAUCCAUUAAUACAAGGAAGUGCAAACAGCAUUGCCACAAGGCCUGCGAUGACUGUGUUAACAGCCCCCGGUAAGGUCAACCCGGCGCUGAUUGGGGGCUCGACGGCCACUACUUUGACCUCCGGCGUUGUGGGGGUGAAUACUAUCAUAGGUCAACCGUCGGCUGCGAGUGGUGUUGUGACCUUGACCUCUGCGAAUAUGGACAGUGUGAAAAAAUGUAAAAACUUCCUAACAACUUUGAUCAAAUUAGCUGCCAAUGCCAAACAGCCUCCCAACACUGUACAGAAUGUUAAAGAUUUGGUGCAGAAUUUAGUGGAUGGAAAAAUUGAACCAGAAGAAUUUACAUUGAAGUUGCAGAAGGAACUGAAUUCCUCCCCCCAACCCUACUUAGUCCCAUUCCUUAAGAAAAGUCUGCCACUUCUGAGACAGACAUUAAAGGGGCCACUAUUAGCCCCUCAGCUACCAGUGACCCCUGUCAUGCCUCCGGGAAUUAGUGGUUCGCAGCCUAACCUCAUCACAUCUCUAGCCACCACGGAUGCCAAGACUUCUGGUCCAGCCAGCUCAACAAAUCCACCCAAGACAAUUAAUCUUAAUUUGAAUCAUGUUCAACUGUUGUCACAAGGAGCAGCUAAGGGACAGUUUAUUACACCGCCUCCUAGGAUACAAUCUCCAGUACCUUCAAGAGUUAGUGUACCAGGGCAGAGUUUGAUCCAACCAAACACCCUUGUCAACCACAUUCGGCCAGCCACCAUAAAUCCUGGUACAAUGAUUCUUAACCAGGCGGCAAAGAUGCAAGCUAUGCACCGCCUCACAGCCGCAGCUGCUAAAGCCAGCCCAGCAGCCACACCUCCGAGGGAUAAAGGCACAAAACAUAGUUUCAGGGAUGAUGAUGACAUCAAUGAUGUGGCUUCCAUGGCAGGUGUAAAUCUCAUGGAAGAGAAUGCACGUAUCCUAGCAACAAAUUCGGAACUAAUUGGAACUCAAAUUCGGUCUUGCAAAGACGAAACGUUUCUAGGCGCAAAACCUUUACAUACAAAGAUUAGUACGAUGUGUGCGAAGCAUGGUUUGGGUGAAGUAACGGCAGAAGUUGUGAAUCUUAUAUCACACGCCACACAGCAACGACUCAAAGAUUUAGUCGAGAAAUUGGAUGUGGCCUCGCUUCACAGGACAGAAAUUUACAAGACUGAUUCCCGGUAUGAAGAGGCAAGUGAUGUGCGCAGACAACUGAAAUUCUUCGAGCAGCUUGAUACUCUGGAGAAAAAACGAAGAGAUGAACAAGAGAGGGAGCUGUUGCUGCGAGCUGCAAAGAGUCGCUCUAAGCAGGAAGAUCCAGAGCAGCUACGUUUGAAGCAGAAAGCGAAGGAAAUGCAGCAAAAAGAGAUGGACCAGGCACGCAUGUACAAUGCGAAUAUGGUUGCGUUAGAUGCCAUUGGACCACGAAAGAAAAGGAAAAGAGAAUCACCAACACCUGGAAGCAUUUCUUCGGGAGGAAUAGGCUCAGCUGUGUUGACUGGCAGUUCCCCUUCUGUUGCAAGAACACAGAUCCGACGAGUGAAGCGAGUAAAUCUGAGGGAUUUAUUAUUUGUCCUUGAACAAGAACGAGAGACGAGAAAAUCUGAUAUACUUUAUCGCGGCUACCUCAAGUAGGGGAUGGAGCUGUUUGCAACUGAUUGACGAAUGUGUAAUAAAAAUUCUGGGAUUAACAUCCCCACGGACUCGGCCGUUGAACACAUACCGUAGUGGUUUUCAAGGGCAAGGACCCCAGAGUGCCGUGUAAUAUAUGAGAAGUUUGGUCGUUACUUCUUCAGGCCAGUGCAACAGAGUUGACACCAACCGCUAAGCCAAAGGAUUUGAUACAAAGAAGAGUUCCAGUGUGUGCUAAUGAUGUGGAAAGUUCAGUAAUGUGAAGAAAUUCAAUUAUGAAAGGGUGUCAGUACAUUUCUCUUUAAGAAGAGAUGUCAUUAUAACAAAUCCCAGUCUCAUGGCUAAGCCAUGCUUACUCAUUGAAUAUUCGGCUUUGACGUACGCCUGAAAAAAGUUUGAAAUGAAAACAGUGGAUGAUGCAAUAUUACAGCCCAGGUAACUAACUAUGGGUCAUAGGUCACGAUAACACUGCAUGAAGGUAUUGCCACUGAAGGAACUCACUACUGUUAAGUCUCAUGGAUCGAAUGGUAGAAUAUACAGUACUGUCUACAAGACAUGACUCUUGAGCGAGAACGCAUGAGAUGCACUCAAGUGAAGCUGAAAUGUAUUAAUAUUAAUAAGACUACGGAGUAGCUAUACUGUUGUAGGAGGGAGCUACCGUCGUCUUCCGAACCGACGAAGAAUCCAAUAUCCGGGCCCAGCUUCUAGCUGACUAUAAUAUCACAGAUGAAGUGUCAAUUACCUGUUCAUCCGGUGUAUUUAUCAGAUGUAUUAAUUACAAUUGUAUUAUUGUUUUUAAGGUAUUACCAAUUCUCCGCUGUACUUUUAUCCAAUUAAACCUGUAGAUAUCAAGAUCACACGUUCAUUAGCCAUUAUGAUAGCGCUGUGAGCUGUCAAACUGAACAGUGAUGUAAAAAGCCACACUCAAAAUAGAUUAGUAGUUCACUUCACUCAGACAGGUCGCCAUAUCAAUUUUGCAUUCAUUAUGUGAGAGUAGUCUAAUAUCUACUAGAACGAAAACAAAUCUUUGUGAGUACCAUGAUUGUUAUAUGGAACACUGUAUUCCAUACGACAGAAGGGAGGUAGUGCAGUAUGCAUUUUCGUAGACACUAUAUUUGCAGUGAUCACUUCAUCACAUCAGAAAGGUUAAACUCAUCCUUCAUAGAAAAUGUCCGUGUUUAGUCAAAAUACUAAAGCUGUAAUGUGAGAGAGAAUUUUUAUCUGGGUUUUCUACUCCUGUUAAAUUUAUUUCAGUAAGUUCAAGUUUUUAGAAAACUUUGAAUCUAUUAUGGUUUGUUGAAAUCUCAUUAGAAUUGAUUUUGACUUUCAUGAUGAUCAUAUCUGAUGGGUAAGAUUUAACAUCUUUAAUUUGUGCAUUUGCUUAUGUGAAUAGGGGUAUAAAAACAAGAAAUCAUCUGUUAUGUAUUUGUUUAACUUUGUGAUUUGUUUAAAACUGGUUAAAAAAAAAAUCACCCACCUCAUUUGUACAUUUGUCAUUGGCCGUGUAAUUCUGAUGACACAACUUAAAUUUGCUAAAAAUAGCUUCAUACCUCAAAAAUGGGGAAACCCCUUCUAGUAGAUUUGAUUGACUCAUAGAGAUUUCAUAAUGUAAUUAUUCUGUAUAUAAAUUGAUUUGAGGGUGUUAGUCAUAAUUUUUUAUAUCACACUGUAUAUCUAAAGCUGGGAAAUAUAUGAAGCGUAAUAGAGUAUCAGGAUCAUGGAAAAAAUGUAUAGUUUAAUAUCUUUUAUAGAGUUGAAGAAAAGGGAUUGUCUAUUUAUUAUGAUCAAGAAAGGACACUAAUUUUCUAGAGGUAGCUGGGUGAAUGCUCAGCCAAACUAUGUCUAGUAAAGUGUCUACUAAUUUUUUAUUGUGCACAUUUAAAAAAUCACAUUGAUAACAUACAUAUCUUGCAUGUUAUAAGUAUUAUAUGUCCAUUUCUGAGCUUGGUGCCCUCUCAGGCCAAGCUUGUCUAAAUUACAUUUCAAACGUUGUCUAAAAGGAAAUAACAUGUACCUGUAUGUUCAUUGUACUGUAUAUGGUUUUUAAUUUCCUAAAUCUGGGAAGUGUUUUUUUUUUAAUCUGAAGUAAUAUAUUUUAAUGUGAUUUAGGCAUUAAUUCAUGUUGUGUUAUCUGUUAUUGGGACAUGUACAAAUCAAAUCAAAUCAUAGAUUCAUACAAUCUCCAGUCUUUAGGGUGUAAUUCCAGCCCAGCAUGUAAAUUCACUUCAGGUCUUAUGCAUUAAACCAGAUACCCAUUUAUUGUCCUGGGUUGAGGGAGGCAAGGGUAGAUACAGAGUCUUGUCCAAGAAUAAGUGCAACUGCAGUAGGCUCAAACACAUAACAAUUUUAUUUAAAAACCUGCUCUAAUUACAUCUACACCAUAUGCUUCCAAAUAGUUUGAAACUAUUUCUUAAUCUGAUAAUUGAAAUGCCUAUGUUAACUCCUAUAAGUAACUGAUUUGUAUCUGCAGUAUAUUUUAUUCAGCUUGUAGAUACUAAAAUUAAAGUUUUUUGUCACUUUAUAAUUACAGACGUAACUAAAAGCAGUGGCAGAUCCAGGCGUGGCAAAAGCAGGGGGUGGGGGGGGGGGGGACCUAUCCUUGGCAGCAGGAAGAGAAUUUCGAACAAAGCAAGAAAAUGUUUAUAUAUUCUUUAAACUUGACCUUCCUAGUGUAAGAAAGGGGAACUUCCAAACCAUACACUCAGACCAUUGUCCUCUAUUACCAAUCACCCUUACACCUCCCCCCCCCCCCCAAUAGAAGGAAAUAUCCUGGAUCCACUCCUGGAAAGCCCACCAGCGAGGCGUAGUGUAGUAUUUGCAGUACACAGAUGCUCAACCACCAUUAAGAACUAGCCAUGUUUCUUGAUUGAAGCCCACUAAAAUUGUCUUUCUCUUUUCUUUACAAAUUUAGUACAGCAUUGCUCUCGUACAUAAUUUAUGUUUAAAAAAAAACCAAUUAUCACAUUGCAUGUUCACAAUUCUUAGCAUGAAGUUGGAAUCUUAAAUUGUAAAUGUUGAAAAGAAGAAACACUGUUUCAAAUAAACACUGGACAAUGACUAUGAAAUAUUUAUUAAUUAGAUUGUUUAUUGAAUGAUAUAUGAUAUGAAUCAAAAAUUAUUAAAAUGAAAUUAGGAUUUCAGAGAUGGCAGUUUUUUGUCGUCGCUUCAUCAUACAUAAAUUAUACUUUCGACAAGUGUAAAGGUUUUGCGCGGGCGUCAAGUUGAUUAUGUUGACAAGGUAACUUGAAGUUGGAUUGCAUUGAGGAUUUGAACCACUCCGGGCAUGAUUAAUCACUUGUCUACAAUUGUUUGAUUUCAUGCAUUUAUUUAAAAUCUGAAGCAUUUAUUGAUAAUGGACCUUUCCAAAGUGUCAAUCAAAAUUACAUUGACCAGUCAGAACAGUGCCAGGAAUAAGCGCGUGUUCAACAAACACACCUGUUGCCCCACGAAGAACGCACGUGUUUACGUACAUUUGUGGGACCUUAGUAACAGUAUCCAAGGGGCGGGGCUUAGUGGAAAGGUCCAUUAAUACCCAAGGUUUUCUUUUGUAAAUGAGAAGCUAAUAAUUAUAAAAAUUACCCAAUUUUAAAAGGAAAAGAGAUAAUUUGCAUAUGUGUGUGUCAUGUUUAUGUGUCAUGUGUUUUUCACUUUAGUAGAAUAAUGCUGUCCAUGUUUUUGUUUAGGUGGAUCCAUCCAGAGGGCGGGUCAUGUUCUCUGAUCUACAGUAUCUGUCAACAUUGUCAAUUCCCUGAUAACAGUGCAGCCCCGUCUUUUGUCCCCGCCUCCAAACCUUGGCUCUGCCUCUGUAAGUGUUACAAUGUUGCGGACUAAUACAAUUGUAGCAAAAUAUGCUGCUCACAAUUUCAUUUAUAAUUUAUAUGAAAGAUAACUAACUUCAAUGGUGUCAUAUUUUUAUUAUACGUUUUUUAAAAAUGAUAGCACCAUAGUAAUUCUUCAUUGGUAACAGUUAAGCUGAUGUUUCACUUAAAAAUAACGUGCGACUUGCCUGAUGUAGGCACAAAUUAUAUAUAUUUUUUUAAAUCACUGCUAAGUGUCAUUGGUCAAAAUUGACUAUUUUGUGACUUCUAAAUAUUAGUUAACGUGAUCUAUAUAUGGUACUGUAUUCCUGAUGGAAGAUUUUUCUCUGGAGCUCCUUUUUCUCUGGCUCACUGAAUAAUUGAUAUAGCCCCCUCAGCGGUUGAUAAUAAACUUCGCUGCCAUCUCAAAUCAUGUGAUGUGAUUAAGGAACUUGCUUUUGAAAUAUUGUUUGUCUAUUAGAAACGCUUGAUGUAAUUGUUAUUUGAAUACACGGCCUCAUUGUAUGUGGACACAUGGUUUAGUUAUAAACACGUGUAAAUACGAAAUAAAAAUAUACAAUAUA